AUGCAGGGAUCGCCGCCAGAAGCUGCCGGGAACCGAGUGGUCACGGCAGCAUCCGGCAAGGCGCGACUUCAAUGCUGCAGCAUUCCCCGGCGCUCUGGCACACUUCGCAUUUCCCAGCCCCCCCCAUACCACCGCCACCACCACCACCACCACCACCACCACGACGCUCGCUCCCAUACCCCACCCCCGUGUCUCACACCCAACCUGGCCCGCAUUCCUGAAGCACGCGACGAACCAGGCCCCCGGGACUCGCAGGAGAACCUUGUUGAGCUCCGCUUCAGAAUGGCCACCGUCGAAGAUGCAGAUAUGCACUACGACGCCCACGGCCACGGGCCCGCGCCUGGAGAGACCGCAGAGCAGCACGCGGCACACGCCUACUUCGAACCCAUCCGGCAUUGGGGACUGGGCAGAAAACAGGAAGCCAUCCUCUUCUACGGCUUUGCUAUCCCCUCUGAUAGGUUCUUACGACAGGACGACUUCCCACGCAUUCACCGCCACCGCCACCGUCUGGCUCGUGUUAUGGGCGACUGCCUGGCUUCAGACCGCCGUGCUCAUGGUGCAGCGAGCAAGCUGGACGAGAGACGAAGCAAACCUGAAGGACCGGAAGCAGUAUCUCUACUUGUCUGUGAGAUUACAGAGACUGAUGAUUGUGCGUCGAUGAACUUUUGGCGGCCCGGCAAUCAAUGCGAUAAUAUGCCUGCCCACCUUCAUCCAAGCAUAUCAUAUUGGCUCGUUUUCCUGCUGUUCUUCAUCUUCAAUACCGUUGGCUGCGUCAUGAACGCCUACAACAACAUCACCUGGGAGUGUGAUCGCUUACAUUAUGAGGAGGGUGAGCCGGCCAUGAAGCAUACUCGACUUGCAAUUCUUGGUAUUCCAACUGUCACGGGCAGCUUUUUGGGCGCUGAAUCACGAUUUUUGAUACACUCUUCUAACGCAUGUACAUAUGGGUAUGACAGACCAAUGAUUGAAUGCUUAAUAAACAACUCGACUUUUUCCAGCUGUCCUGAAAAUCCAGAAGCUCUUUCCAGGGCCGCCCUAAGAAUUCCGACUGACCUGUUCAGGUCUGCUUCUGUAUCCCUCACACGACAGGCCUCGCUUCCUCUCACGCUCGCGUCGAAUCAACUAACAAACGGCCCAACCUUGUUCCGGCCUCGUCUCGUUUCAGCACAACUUGGGAAUCUUUAUUAUUCACUCGAAGUCCUCAAAUGCUAUUAUUAUCAUUACUAA